AUGGUGUUCGGAAAAAGUAAGACGGGAUUCAAUUUUGUCCAUCAGGACCAGAUCUGGUGAGAAAGAACAUAAUUAUCGCAGUCGAUUUUCUAAUUAGUUCGUCGUCACGUUUGACUCCCAUCCCAGAUUCCAUUUGUAAACUGUAGACUUCAAGUGGUGAUUUUUGUAGCUUUAACUUUGUUUAAUAGUACACAGCAGAUAGGAGACUGAUACUAGAACUUAAGCAACUUUGAGUAGUUAAAAAUUGUUGUUUUCCUCCCACAGGAAAGACCACGUUGGUCAUGAACACAGCGCGGCGAAACGAUGGCCUGAAAACUGGGGGUUUCUCAUCGGGCAGUACAAAAUCGUGAGUAUUUCUCGUAAAAUUAUUCAUGGAAAGUUCAUCCUUCUGGACUAUCGAGGCAGUAUACAUGCUUAAACUGUUCUGAUGUUUUACAGUGCGUUUUAUAUAAAUUUCGAAUCAUCGAUCAUUCCAAAGUUGUCAUGGCGUUCGAACUAUUGUCAUGCAAGGUUGGAAAUUUACAUUGUUCACAGCUGGUUUGAAUUGUUCAGCACUUUUGUAGACGUUUUUCGUAAGGACUUCUUAAAUUGAUUUAAGAAACAGUAGCUAGUUUAAAUGUAAUAGAAAAUCUUAACGUCCUUUGAACUUAAAUAUGACAUAUGUAAGUUACAUAAAAGGAGGUCUAUAAAUGAUAUAGAAUGGGGCCGGUCUCACGCAACUUGAAUUCUACAGUUUAUGCAAACUUUUGAAUAGUUUUUCACAAUAUAUCAGUUUAACUGACUUAUUAUAAAGGCUGUAAACUACGUUUCCUUUCUAAGCUUAUAAUCGAAUUUCCUUUUAUUUAAUUAUGGCAUAUUUUGGCACAGGGGAAGGGAGAGAAAAGACAAGUAGGGUGGGGGAGGGAGUUACUUACCCACCUAGUGGAUGAUGCUUUAUCCUUGUAAUACUGGCACGCUCAGGAGUGAACCUUAGCGGAGCAGUUGCAAACAAAAAAAUACUUUCAUGGGAGGGGUGUGGAUAUUUUUGGAAACAACCAACUGUCUCUUGCUUUCAAAACACUGUUUGACUUCCUUUGUUAAAUUUGAUUCCCUGUUCUCCUAGCUGGCAAAUGAAGAUGAAAGUGUUGAAAAUGGUACUGCAGCAGUAAGAGUCAAACAAAGACGUGAAGCUCUGAAAUUGCCACCGAUUGAUUCCAGCGUUGCAUCACAACUGUCAGUGGGCAGAUCAACAGCAAAGUUUCCAACCAAGACUUCUGAAGAAGUGGGCUGGCGGUCCAGUCAACUACACUGUAAUUUAGAAAGAUAUGGAAGGUACACAAAGCUGAAGACAUCAUUCCUUGGACAAAUGAAGUGGCCUCCUGAAGCAAUUGAUUAG